AUAGCCAAGUACGGUGGAAGAGGAUUGUUACAGCAGUAGUAACAUACCAAGAAGAAGAAGCAAAUUAAGCAUUAAUGGCUUCUCAAUCCGCCUUGUAUCUCCAUCACUACUCUCAGUCUCUCUCUUCUUUUUCUUCUUCCUCAUCCCACCGUGUCUCGUUCUCUUCCUCCAUUAAUCCCCUCCCCUUCCAUCUUCCUUCUUACACCACCUUUCCUGGGAUUUCGCCGUUGAAGGCUAAAGUCAUCGUUUCGCAGAAAAACUCUGACUUGAGAGCCAAAAGCACCGGCAGCAUAUCAGAGCCCAAAACUUCACCGGAAGUAAUUCCACGGCUGGAUGGCUUGACACUCCCGAAAUUUGAUUGGCAUAAUGGGAUUGAUGAUGAGGUUAGCCAAGAAGAUGAAGAAUCUUUGGAGGGCUGUGCUAUGAAGAGAGUGGAAGCGGUGAGAAGGAGGCUGGAGUCAGAUGAAGGAGAGCAGAGCAUAUCGCCAUCAGCUUAUCACACAGCACUGAUGGCUCUGGUGGAAGAUGUGAAUGGUAGUGGGGCCCCCCAGUUCCCAGAAUCGCUUCAAUGGAUAAUAGACAAUCAGCUUCCAGACGGAUCUUGGGGAGAUGCUGACAUAUUUGUGGCUUAUGAUAGGCUUCUGUGUACCUUAGCUUCCGUCAUUGCCUUGACACACUACAACGUUCAUCCUGACAAGUCCCACAAAGGACUAAAGUUCUUCAAAGAGAAUGUAAACACACUGGAAAAUGAGAAUAGAGAGCACAUGACAUGCGGGUUUGAAGUGAUUCUGCCGACACUUCUUCAAUCGGCAAAAAGUUUGGACAUCGAUUUGCCUGAUGACUUCCCUGCCCUUAAAGAAAUAUUUGCAAGGAGAGACGCCAAGCUCAGAAGGAUACCGAUGGAAGUGUUGCACAGUGUGCCAACGUCAUUGCUAUUCAGCUUGGAAGCAAUACCAGGACUUCAAUGGGAAAAGCUUCAGAGAGUGAGAAGCAAAGAUGGCUCUUACCUGUUCUGUCCCUCUUCCACUGCUUUUGCUUUCACCCAAAGCAAAGACCCACAUUGCCUCAAUUACUUAAACAGUGUGGCUCACAACUUCAACGGUGGAGUCCCGGAUUUCUACCCUAUAGAAUUUUUCGAACAACUAUGGAUUGUUGAUCGAUUGGAGCGUCUGGGAAUUGCAAGAUAUUUUCAACCAAAGAUUAAAGACAUCCUGGAUUAUGUUCACAGAAAUUGGAAUGAGAGAGGCAUUGGAUGGACCAAAGAUUCAGAGUUGCCAGAUCUUGAUGAUACAUCCAUGGGAUUCAGACUACUAAGAUUAAACGGCUAUGAUGUUUCUGCUAAUGUGUUUAAAACAUUUGAGAAAGAUGGAGAGUUCUGCUGCUUGCCCGGGCAAACAGAUGAAGGAGCAACAGUGAUGUUUAAUUUUUACAGAGCAACUCAAGUUCAAUUCCCAGGAGAGACUAUUCUUGAUGAAGGCAACAACUUUGCCACCAAUUUCUUAUCUGAAAAACGAGCUGCCAAUCAGAUUCUUGAUAAAUGGAUCAUAGCCAAAGAUCUACCUGGCGAGGUGAGUUAUGCAUUGGAUUUUCCUUGGUAUGCAAGCUUGCCCCGAGUAGAGACUAGAUUUUACUUGGAUCAUUACGGUGGUAGAGAUGAUGUCUGGAUUUCUAAAACCCUCUACAGGCUACACAAGGUCAGCAAUAACGAUAACCUUGAACUUGGGAAAUUAGACUACAACAAGUGCCAAGCUUUGCAUCGCGUAGAAUGGAAAAGAAUUCGAGAGUGGUACUCAGAAUGUGAACUAGAGAGGUUCGGAUUGAGUAAAGAAAGGCUUCUUGUGGCUUACUUUUUGGCUGCAGCCAACAUUUUUGAGCCUGAGAGAUCUCAAGAACGACUUGCUUGGGUCAAAACCUCUACAUUAAUUCACACUCUUAAAUCCACAUAUCGUGACCAACACCAAAGAAAAGCCUUUGUGCAUGAAUUCAAUAACACCAGUAACUCCUUAAAUGAACGCAGCGAGGGGCUUUUGGGGACUUUACUAGAAACUUUGCAUUCCUUCUCUCUGAGCUUACCUUCUUUGAUCUAUGAAUGCAUGCAGUGGAGAAAGUGGCUAUUGGGAUGGCAAAGCGAAGGAGAUAAGUGGGAAGGAGAAGCUGAGCUGUUGGUGAACAUGAUUAACAUUAAUGGUGGCUAUCAACUUUCUGAUGACUUACAGCUUAAUCCCCAGUACCAGAGACUGGUCCAAGUCUCUAAUCUACUCUGCCAUCAAUUAGAUUCUCUCCAAAGCACCAAGGGAAACAAUAAUAAUGGAAGGUACAAGGCCAGCCCAGAAAUAGGGGAGAAAAUGCGAGAGCUGGUGCAAUUGGUGCUGACUUCUAAUGGCAUGGAUCUCAACAUGAAGAAGACAUUCCUUACAGUGACAAAAAGCUUUUACUAUGCAGCUUACACUGAUCCACACACUGUCAAGUCUCACAUUGAAAAAGUCCUCUUUCAGAGAGUCAUGUAAUAUAUCUGUAGACGUCGCAUGUUCUCUUAUGAGAAACGCACAAUAAUCAAUGUACUAUGGCUUGUAAUUUAUUCGAGACGCAGCAAGCUUUUUAAUUUCCGUGUCUAGAGCCCGGAUGAUCGGGUGAGAAUGACAGUAAGAUUCUUGGAGAGCGAAGUAAUGAA